AUGGACAGCCCCAGUCUUCGAGAGCUCCAACAGCCUCUGCUGGCGGGUGUGGGCUGUGGGCCCCCCAUCCAGAAGCCUGGGGAACCCCAGCUGGGGCCUCCCUUUCGAGAGACAGAGUCCCUGGGGGGUUGGCAGUUCCUACCACUGCCUCUUCCCUCUGUGAGCGCUGGUCUUGGGGAGCCAGGGCCCCCUGACCUGGAGGAUGCAUCAUCCAGCGACAGCGACUCGGACUGGGACGGGGGCAGCCUUCUCUCCCCGCUCCUACCCCACGACCACCUCGGCUUGGCUGUCUUUUCCAUGUUAUGCUGUUUCUGGCCUGUGGGCAUCGCUGCCUUCUGCCUGGCCCAGAAGACCAACAAGGCUUGGGCCAAGGGGGACGUCCAGGGGGCAGGGGCUGCCUCCCGCCGCGCCUUCCUGCUGGGGGUCCUCGCCGUCGGGCUGGGCGUGUGCACAUAUGCGGCCGCCCUGGUGACCCUGGCCGCCUACCUGGCCUCCCGAGAGCCGCCCUAG